AUGGGUGAUGGUUGUCAGAGAGUGGCUAUUUGCAAAAAUGCUGCGAUCAAAGCCAAGAUCCGUGAAGCCUUCAAAGUCUUUGACCGAGAUGGCAACGGCUUUAUCUCCAAGCAAGAGCUUGGGACCGCCAUGAGAUCUCUCGGCUACAUGCCCAAUGAGGUGGAAUUGGAAGUCAUCAUCCAGAGGCUGGAUAUGGACGGCGAUGGGCAAGUGGACUUUGAAGAGUUUGUGACGUUACUUGGACCCAAACUCUCCACAUCUGGCAUCCCCGAGAAAUUUCAUGGUGCUGAUUUUGACACCGUGUUCUGGAAGUGCGACAUGCAGAAGCUGACGGUAGAUGAACUGAAACGGCUGCUGUACGACACCUUCUGUGAGCACCUUUCCAUGAAGGACAUUGAAAACAUCAUCAUGACGGAGGAGGAAAGUCACAUGGGGAACGCAGAGGAGUGUCCAGUUGAUGUGGAAACCUGCUCGAACCAACAGAUCAGGCAGACGUGCGUCCGGAAAAGCCUCAUCUGCGCCUUCGCCAUUGCGUUUAUCAUCAGCGUCAUGCUCAUCGCGGCCAACCAGGUUCUGAGAAGCGGGAUGAAAUAA